UCAGACCAUGAGUUCUCUCAGAAGCCAGAGUACAAAUCUUGCACAGGAUUACAAAAUCUACCGUUACAGUACAUCUAUGCUAUGAUUUUCACUCUUGAUGAAAUCAAUCGCAGUUUGACUUUGCUACCAGGUGUGAAGCUGGGCUACCAUAUUCAUGACAGCUGUGCCCUCCCUGCCUGGGCUUUGCAGGCUGCUCUCUCCCAGGUUAGUGGAGACACCCCCAGCUGUGACCCUCCUAUUCCUUUGAUCAUUGGUGGGGACUCCUCUAUAACAGCCCAGAUACUUUCCAGAAUUCUGUCACCACUUUCUGUUCCUCUUGUGAGCUACACAGCUAGCUGUCCUUGUUUAAGCGACAGGCAACAACAUCCCAGUUUCUUCAGAACGAUGGCCAGUGAUAUUUAUCAGGUCCAAGCGAUUGUUCAGCUGGCUAUAAAGUUUAAGUGGACAUGGGUUGGAGCGGUCGCAGCAAACAACGACUAUGGCCUCAACGCAGUGAAGAUGUUUCAGGAGGGGAUUCGGGGGACAGGGUUGUGUCUGGCAUUUGUAGAGACCUUCCAAAGAGAAACCAUUGUAAGUGAUGCCAGACGAGCAGCGCUCACAAUUCAGGCUUCAACUGUCAAAGUGAUUUUGGUCUUUACCUGGUACACAGAUGUGAUGGAACUGUUCCUGCAACUAGCCAAGAUAAAUGUGACUGACAGACAGUUUUUGGCCAGCGAGGCUUGGAGCACCAGCAGUGAUCUUCUCCAAGAACCUGUCACACAGAAAGUGGCAAGUGGUGUUCUUGGUGUGGCCAUACGAAGUUCAUUCCUACCUGGAUUUGCAAGUUACAUCAGAAAUCUGAACCCAUCUCUGCGUCCUGAUGACAAGAUUUUGAAGGAGUUUUGGGAAAAGCAGUUUCUCUGCAGUCCUGGGGUCACGACCCUCUCUGCUUCUCUACCUCCCUGCAAUGGCUCAGAGUCCCUGAGUCAAGUGCACAAUCUGUUCACCGACACCUCGCAGCUCCGGGUGACAUAUAACGUUUAUCUUGCAGUUUAUGCUGCAGCCCAUGCCCUUCACACUCUUUUCUCCUGUCCUGACAUCAACAACCCUUCUGGAAACAACAGCACCUGUUCGUUACCAAACCAGAUCUCACCAAGAGAGCUGUUACAGCAUCUGAGCAAAGUGAAGUUCACCACACCACAGGGUGAACUGUUUUAUUUCCAAGGGGCCGACAUCACUGCCAAGUAUGACCUCUUGAACUGGCAGAAAACCCCAGAGGGACAGCUCAAGAUCGCUUUGAUCGGACAUGUGGACGGUUUUGACGUCCAUCUCAAUGAGACAGCUAUUCAGUGGAGCACAGGGUCCAAUCAGGUGCCUGUGUCAGUGUGCAGUGAAAGUUGUCCACCAGGUACACGAGUGGCCACCAGGAAAGGAGAGCCUAUCUGCUGUUUUGACUGCAUCCCUUGUGCUGACGGGGAGAUAAGCAACAAAAGUGAUUCCCUUCAAUGUGAUCGUUGUCCGUCUGAGUUCUGGUCCAACUCUGAGCGUACAGUCUGCAUCAUUCGCCAGCUGGACUUCCUUUCUUAUGAUGAGACUUUGGGCAUUACCCUCACAGCAAUAGCUGUUUCUGGUGUCACCGUAACAAUGGCUGUGUUUGCUGUGUUCAUUUACUAUCGUCAAACACCAAUGGUACGUGCCAACAACUCAGAGCUGAGCUUCCUGCUCCUCUUGUCACUGAAGCUGUGUUUCCUUUGCUCCCUGGUGUUCAUCGGACGUCCAGCUGUGUGGUCCUGUCGAUUCCAGCAGGCGGCUUUUGGGAUCAGCUUCGUACUUAGUGUCUCCUGCCUACAAGUUAAAACCAUGGUGGUUCUGGCAGCGUUUCGCUCAGCUCGGCCUGGUGCUGAAGCUCUGAUGAAGUGGUUCGGUCCAGUACAGCAGAGAGGAAGUGUCUGCCUCUUCACCUCUAUACAGGUUAUCAUCUGUGUUAUCUGGCUGUCAGUUAGUCCUCCAGUACCUCAGCCUGACUUUGAGGUAUCGGGGUUAAAGGUCACCCUGAAGUGUGCUAUGAACUCUGUGGUGGGCUUUUCUCUGGUGCUGGGCUACAUCGGCCUGCUGGGCUGCACAAGUCUCCUCUUGGCAUUUCUUGCCAGGAAACUGCCGGACAACUUUAAUGAGGCCAAGCUGAUAACCUUCAGCAUGCUGAUUUUCUGUGCAGUUUGGGUGGGUUUUGUUCCGGCCUACGUUAGUUCUCCUGGAAAAUAUGCUGUUGCGGUGGAGAUUUUUGCCAUUCUUGCCUCUAGUUAUGGCUUGUUGUUCUGCAUCUUUGCCCCAAAAUGUUUCAUCAUUCUCCUGAGGCCAGAGAAAAACACCAAGAAACAUCUAAUGUCCAGAUAG